AUGGCGUCUACUUCAUUUCGCGAUUCUGUGAACUCAUUGGGUUGGGCUCGACGAGAGGCCGACACCCCAGCGAACACCAACUCGUCCACACCCUUCUUCUCGAGGCUACAGUCUUUAAAUCCAUUUGGCCAAGGGGAAGGCUAUCUCCAGCUUCCCACCCACGAAGGUCCCGGAGCUCCCCUACCAGCCGCAACCCGACGAGAGGAAGAGGAUUCUUUCCUUGCACUAAGCCGAUGGGAUCGGAUGCUCAUCUUCUUUGCCUGCAACCUUGGUGCAGCAGUCUGUUUCGUUAUUUGCUUUUUCCUCUUUCCAGUGCUCUCCAUGAAGCCCCGCAAGUUUGCUGUUCUGUGGUCGGUUGGGUCUUUACUUUUCCUACUAUCAUGGGCAGUUCUCAUGGGACCCAAAACAUACGCUAAGCAUCUGGUCUCGGGACCACGCUUGCCGUUCACGGCCGCGUAUUUUGGCUCUAUUGGUUUGACUCUAUAUUUUGCUAUCGGACUCCAUUCUACCUUCCUCACGCUUAUCUCGUCCAUCUUCCAGCUCGCAGCCCUUCUCUGGUACAUCGUGAGUUACUUUCCCAUGGGCAGCACGGGGUUGCAAUUCAUGGGACGUUUUGGUGCCCAGCGCGUGUCCUCGUGGAUCACCAGCUAG